GGCAUAAGCUCCUUCAUGGACCUGGGCUUUUGGGCCGUGGGAACACUCCAUAGCACGGCGACCCUGUCCAUUCAGAGUGCGCCUGCGGUUUGUAUGGGCUUCGGCUCAUGCACCGUCUCAAUAUUUUCCUGUUCCGCCACGGCCACUCGGCUAGGCGGGCCCUUUUUUUUUUUUUUUGGCUCCAUGUUAGCUCUGACCCUAACCCUAUUUAUUAUCAAUAUAAUGUGCUUUGACCGCUUAUUAUGGAAACUCUAUUGCUGUAAACAUCCAUCCUCAAGCGGAAGUGUGCGUCAUACCCAAGUCAGGUAUGUCAGGAAGCUGACUCGUCAAAAUCACCCCCAGUGAGGCUCUGGACUGACUAUGAGCCGUAUGUAACGGAGCUGACUGGUCCGUGCCACGGAACUCGAGCGGUUGGAUAAACGGCAGCGUAAAUUGUCUCGGUGCUUAGUGACUCCUGGACUCACAACUAGCCGCUCUGAAUCCAACCGGAAUUGACUAUAUCGGUCCUAUUUCUACGUGGUUUGAAUCAAUGAUCGACCUUCGAGCAUCGGACACAACGCGAUUGACUCGCUGCUUUCUCAUAAGUGAUGGAUCUGGGAUGUGUAUGCUUACGCUCUCCGCCCUGCUCCCUCGGGUCUUUGGAACUAUACUACCGGCUCCUAGGCUCAUUCUUGCGAGGAACGGCGACUUGGCACCACCCAAAAUAGGACAUUUCCCUCAAUGAGUAUCCCCGUUGACCAGUUUCGCCGUGUCGAGCUCCAUGGCUCAUGUCUUGUUCGGCUCAUUGGUGCUCAGCAGAAUUUCCCGUCCGAUUCGCUCCUCAUAAAAGGCUUGCUAUACGAGCAGUGCUUCAUCAACCAUGUUCUCUCUACCCGAAGGAAAGGCGGCCGCUCUGGACAGUAUCUUGUCGAAUGCUGCUGCGGGCGGCACUCUACCCCCCGUUUUUACGACAAUCACGAAUGUUGAAGGAACACUCUACAGUCGGUUCGGCGGCGAUGUGCCGCAAUCGAAACUCGACGAGGAGACCAUCUUCUGGAUCUGCAGUCAGACGAAAUUGAUCACUUCGAUCGCCGCGUUCCAGCUGAUUGAAGCGGGGAAGAUUGCCCUGGAUACGCCGGUCGAGUCUAUCCUGCCCGAGCUAUCGGCGCCGAUCAUCAUCACGACCGUGGACGCGAAUGGCCGUCCCGAUGCGAAGACCAGCAGACCCGCGACAACAAAAAUAACGGUCGAGCAUCUGCUCACUCACACCAGUGGACUCGAUUACAGUCUGGAUGGACUCACCGAGCCUGGCGUUUUCCCGCCUCGAGCAUACGCUGAUGUCUAUGCGUCUGAUGACACGAGUGAAUUCUUCAACAAGCUCAAGAGGGCGUUCUACCGGCUGUCCCUCUCAGGUUUGAGCCUGGCACGCAAUCUAGAACUCAUUCUCACCAGCAAAGAGCAUAUAUUCACGCCCCUCGGCAUCACGACUGCGUCGUUCCAUCUGACACCCGAGACCAAGGCCAGACUGCUCCCUCUUCAUCAACGCAAUUCCGAGGGCGCGAUUGUCCCAUGGCCCGGAGCGCAUCCGAUGUCUCAGGAUCCAGCCGAAACAAAACUGUUCUUUGGGGGAAUAGGGCUGUAUGCCUCUCAGAAAGACUACCUUGCCGUCUUGCGCCACCUGCUCCAGAUCCACAAUGAUAAAGCUGAAAAACCACUCAUCUCGCGAAAAUCGCUCAGUCUGCUGACUUCACCGGCCAUGUCUGCCACGGCACUGCCGCAGAUGUUGGGCCUGCCCGCGUUAAUCAGUCCGUACAUUGGCAUACCCGAGGGUUCAGCGAUCUUCGGUCGCGGUGUUGUGGUCAUGACAGAAGAUGUCCCCGGCCACAGGAAGAAGGGCUCCGCUGCUUGGGGCGGAUGGGCCAAUACCUCAUACUGGUUCGAUCUCGAGACUGGAGUCGCCGCUGUGGUGGGGACCCAACUGCUGCCAGGGUUUGACGAAACCUUUUAUCGGCUAUUCGCUGCGAUCGAGGCAGCGGUCUAUGCAUAGAUAAUAAACAUGUGCCCAACUUGUCCAUACCAACUAUGUCUUGCGUCGCUUUGUUCUCGGCUUCAACGGCGAGUCCUGCUCCUCGCUUGUCCGCUUGCGUGGGAUCGGUGUUGCUGGUGGGGUAGGAAGCGAGCCGAUAUCGGCUUCCUUCGGUGCUACGAGGCCAUACGAGGCGAACGCUUUCAGGUCGGACGUGAAAAGAAUCUGCGGAUGCGGAUUGUAGUUCCCUGCGCAUCGACUAUGCCGAGCAGAACUCACCGAGUGCGCCCAUCCGGCAUAGUCUCCCCAAACGGCAGCCAGCUUUCCGUUGAUGUCUUCAUAUAGUUUGGGUGUCAUGGCCGUCUUUCCCGAUAACGAACCUUUCAGUCCGUAGUAUUUGAUAGCAAUCUGGUGCACGUGGGUGUCCACCGGUAUCACCUCUCUCUGAACAGGGAUUCCAUUGAGCUUUCUACAGCCAACCGCGCAGCUGACGGACCCACCUUGUCCAAGCUCAUAAGUAGGAUGCAAUCCGCGACUUUACGUCCGACCCCCAUGAACUUGAGGAGCUCCUCCCUCGCACUGUCUGUAUUAGCAUCCCUGAGCCCCUUUAGAAACUUCUCGGCCGAUUCUGAGGACCCCCGAAACCCAGUCCGCGCAGCACACCUUCGACUUCAGGCGCGGCUAGCACAGCCGGAGACGGAAAAGGAUGGUAUGCCACCUCCUUUUCCGUCUCUUGUAGAUCUGGGAGCGAGAGUAGCGGCGGAGAGUAAUGUCGACAGAGGUUUUGGACCAUUUUCGUUAUUCGGCCGAUGUUGUUGUUCGAGGAGCAUAUAAAUCUGGCCAUUUUCUCGAGGAAAUUCGAUCGAGAAUACAAGAAUCACUCACGAGAUCAGGUUUUCGAAGGGAUCCUGGGUUUAAGAGAGCAUAAGCUUAGUGCUCACUCAUUCGAGCACGACUGACCUGUCUCAGCAUGCGUAUCCCUAGCAUUCAACAUGUAUAAGUAGUGCAGUAGAUUUGGAACGCGUUUCGACGCACCUGGGAAUCGCAUCUCCAUCGAGGAGAACACCUUGUCUCGAGUGGCCCACUCCCCAUACAGCUUCUCCAGAUCCACGUCCAGCUGGAAGUACUCGUUCAGCCAUAGCAGCGUCUCGGCCUGUCGUAAGGGCAGCUGCAGCGAGGACGGCUGCGGGUCCGGGAAGAUCGCGCGGUAGAAGAGAGUCGACGCGUCCUGCUUGAGACAUAUCACGCGAUCACGCAAACAGAGAUGAUAUUCUUGUGGCUGUUGGCUGGAAUGCGUGCCGGACGCAAGCCAGCGGAAUGACUGUCCGCAUUUUAAAACUGCGGAGAGGCACAGUUGGGUCUGUGGGAGCGCGAGACUGGACCACAUCGAAGAGGGAGCGGCGAAAUGCUUUCAAUGCAU